CGGCCGCGCGGAGGAAGCGGAGGAGGCGGGAGCCGAGACCUCGCCGCGCUCAUGGCGUCGCCCGGGAUAGAAGUGGAAUUACUGGUCAAAGGACAUUCAGAUUUGGGAGAAGUGGCCCCAGAAAUUAAAGCAUCAGAGAGACGAACAGCCGUGGCCAUUGCAGAUUUGGAAUGGAGAGAAAUGGAAGGAGAUGACUGCGAGUUCCGUUACGGAGAUGGUACAAAUGAGGCUCAGGACAAUGACUUUCCAACAGUGGAGAGAAGCAGGCUUCAAGAAAUGCUGUCACUUUUGGGCCUAGAGACAUACCAGGUUCAGAAACUCAGCCUCCAGGACUCUCUGCAGAUCAGUUUUGACAGCAUGAAGAACUGGGCCCCUCAGGUUCCCAAAGACUUGCCCUGGAAUUUCCUCAGGAAGCUGCAGGCCCUCAAUGCCGAAGCCCGGAACACCACCAUGGUGCUGGACUUGCUCCCGGAUGCCAGGCCUGUGGAGAAGGAGAGCCAGAUGGAAGAGGAGAUCAUCUACUGGGACCCAACUGAUGACAUCGCUGCCGACAUUUACUCUUUUUCUGAGCUGCCAACCCCCGACACGCCUGUGAACCCCUUAGACCUCCUUUGUGCCCUUCUGCUCUCCUCAGAUGGUUUCCUGCAACAAGAAAUAGUGUUGAAAAUGUCCCUCUGCCAGUUCGCACUCCCUCUUGUGCUGCCUGACUCAGAAAACCACUACCACACGUUCCUCCUGUGGGCCAUGCGGGGCAUUGUGCGGACGUGGUGGUCCCAGCUCCCCAGGGGGGUGGGGAGCUUCCGAGAAGACAGCGUGGUCCUGUCCAGAGCACCUGCCUUUGCCUUUGUGCGCAUGGAUGUCAGUAGCAACUCCAAGUCCCAGCUUCUCAACGCCAUCCUCAGCCCGGGCCACAGGCAGUGGGACUGCUUCUGGCAUCGGGAUCUCAACCUGGGCACCAAUCCCCGCGAGAUCGCAGAUGGGUUGGUGGAAAUUUCCUGGUUUUUUCCCAGCGGCAGGGAGGACUUGGACAUUUUCCCAGAGCCUGUGGCCUUUCUGAACCUGAGAGGUGACAUCGGGUCUCACUGGCUGCAGUUUAAGCUCUUGACAGAAAUCUCCUCCGCUGUGUUUAUACUGACGGACAACAUCAGUAAGAAGGAAUACAAACUGCUCUAUUCCAUGAAGGAGUCGACCACAAAGUACUACUUCAUCUUGAGUCCCUACCGUGGGAAACGUAACACAAACCUGAGAUUCCUGAAUAAAUUAAUUCCCGUGCUGAAAAUAGACCACUCGCACGUCCUGGUGAAGGUCAGCAGCACGGACAGCGAGAGCUUCGUGAAGAGGAUCCGCGCCAUCAUCGGGAGCGUGGCGCGGGCCCCCUGCAGGAGGGUGUCUGUGGAGGACAUGGCACACGCAGCCCGAAAGCUGGGCCUGAAAGUCGAUGAGGACUGUGAGGAGUGUCAGAAGGCGAAAGACCGGAUGGAGAGAAUCACCAGGAAGAUCAAGGACUCAGACGCCUACAGGAGGGACGAGCUGAGGCUGCAGGGGGACCCCUGGAAAAAGGCAGCCCAAGUGGAGAAAGAGUUCUGCCAGCUCCAGUGGGCCAAGGACCCCCCUGAGAAGCACAGGGCUGAGCUGAGGCGUCGGUUGCUGGAACUUCGGAUGCAGCAGAACGGCCACGACCCUGCCUCGGGGGUGCAGGAGUUUAUCUCGGGGAUCAGCAGCCCCUCCCCAGGGGAGAAGCUGUACUUCCUGAGGUGGAUGGAGUGGGGGCUGGCACGCGUGGCCCAGCCUCGGCUGAGACAACCUCCGGAGACUCUUCUCACCCUGAGACCAAAGCACGGGGGUGCCGCAGACUUGGGCGAGCAGCUCUGGCCUGAGCCCCUCGGGGUGGAGCAUUUCCUGCGGGAGAUGGGGCAGUUUUACGAGGCCGAGAGCUGCCUUGUGGAGGCAGGGAGGCUGCCGGCAGGACAGAGGCGCUUCGCCCACUUCCCAGGCUUGGCCUCGGAGCUGCUGCUGACAGGGCUGCCCCUGGAGCUGAUCGACGGCAGCACCCUGAGCACCCCCGUCCGCUGGGUCACGGGGCUCCUGAAGGAGCUGCACGUCCGACUGGAGAGAAGGUCAAGACUGGUGGUCCUGUCAGCCCUGGGGGUGCCAGGCACAGGGAAGUCCACGCUCCUCAACACCAUGUUUGGACUCCGGUUUGCCACGGGCAAGAGCUGUGGUCCUCGAGGGGCCUUCAUGCAGCUCAUCACUGUGGCCGAGGGCUUCAGCCAGGACCUGGGCUGUGACCACAUCCUGGUGAUAGACUCCGGGGGAUUGAUAGGUGGGGCCUUGACCUCUGCUGGGGACAGGUUUGAGCUGGAGGCUUCCUUGGCCACUCUGCUUAUGGGGCUGAGCAACGUCACUGUGGUCAGUUUAGCUGAAGCGAGGGACAUUCCACCAGCUAUUCUGCACGCAUUUCUGAGGUUGGAAAAAACUGGGCACAUGCCCAACUAUCAGUUUGUAUACCAGAACCUACACGAGGUGACUGCCUCUGGCCCUAGGCCGAGAGAUAAGAGACAGCUGAUGGACCCGCCCAGCGACCUGAGCAGAGCUGCAGCCCAGAUGGAGAAACAGGGUGACGGCUUCCGGGCGCUGGCAGGCCUGGCCUUCUGUGACCCUGAGAAGCAGCACAUCUGGCACAUCCCUGGCCUGUGGCACGGAGCACCCCCUAUGGCCGCGGUGAGCUUGGCCUACAGUGAAGCCAUAUUUGAGUUGAAGAGAUGCCUGCUAGAAAACAUCAGGAACGGUCUGUCCAACCAAAACAAAAACAUCCAGCAGCUCAUUGAGCUGGUGAGACGGCUGUGAGUGUGGAGAAAAACCAAGUUCAGGUGCAGGAGGCUGCUUCAGGCAGCCCGUUCUGAUGGGGUGACCACAUGGGGGCUGCACCCUGGCACCUGAGAGUAGCCAGUGUCUGAUCCCCAUGAGAAAGAAGAGAAGGAAAAGACGGGGGGUUUGGAGUCUCCUAAACAGUGUUAAAGGAAGUAGCUUCACAGACAAGCUCAGAGAUAUUAUCAGGAAUAUAAAAGGCCCUGGGGCUGGGGAGACACAAGCAGUAAUUUGUUCUCUCAGUCCGUCAGAGAUUCCGUGGGGUUGGCCCUCUGUACAGCUGCUCUUGUCACUGGCCCCUGCCGUGGGGACCGGCUUCCUCAGUCGCUGCAGGCCCAGGCAGGCAGGGGACACCCAGGGCAGGGGUGGGGAGGUUGCCUGAGGAAGCAGAGGUAGGCCUUGUCCCCACCCAACCCAGGGUCCUCCUGGUGGACUGGCAUUUGAGAUGUUUUGGUGACAUGAUCCUGGCCCAUGUAGUAAGUGCCUGCUGUGUGCAAGGCACUCCUGCGCCACCGUAUUUAUUGACUGAUCUGUGAAGCCUUCCCUGACCCCUGCCCAGGAAGAGAUCAUCAGUAACCCUGUUGCACCCCAGCGCACUUUGUUAUACCUCUGCCAUGACACUUCACACAGCGCGUUGUAACUUGUGUUGUUUACAUGUCUGCCCCCCAGACUGUGAGCUCCUUGAGGGCAGGGAC